AUGCCUCGUCGGACGCCCGCUGUGGCAAUCUCAUGGGAUUCCCCAGCAUUACGCAGCCAUGCAGAAAGGUGUGAGAUAGAGUUAGAAGCGUGUGCCAUUGAUCCUUCUCUGCUUCCAGUUCUAGAGGAAUUGUUGCAGGACAUCUAUGCAUCAUUGCAACCACAGCCAGUGGACUAUGAACACCGACAUAUUAUGAUUAACGUUUUCAACAAAAUCGCUGGAGGAAUUUUUGGUAAAAAUAAUGGGCUUCCAAUUGUGGAACCAUUUGGAUCUUUCACAAUGGAUCUAUUUACUCCUAAAAGUGACCUGGACCUCUCUAUCAACUUUAAUACUGAUACAAAUGAUCAGUAUCCUCGCAGGAACAAGAUUUCUGCUAUUAGGAAGCUUGCAAAUGUUCUAUUUUCUCAUCAGCGUCAAGGUCUCUGUUAUGGUGUUUCACCUAUUGUGACUGCUAGAGUUCCUGUACUGAAGGUUAUUGAUCAGGGAACUGGUGUAGAGUGUGAUAUUUCAGUAGAAAACAAAGAUGGGAUGUCAAGAUCAGUGAUAUUUAAAUUUAUUUCAUCAAUUGAUAAAAGAUUCCGGAUACUUUGUUAUCUGAUGAAGUUCUGGGCUAAGGUACAUGAUGUUAACUGUCCCAAAGAUCGAACAAUGAGCUCCAUGGCAAUUAUUUCUUUAGUUGCUUUCCAUUUGCAGACAAGGCGUCCUCCAAUAUUACCUGCAUUUUCUGCCAUAUUGAAAGAUGGUACAGAUUUUGCAAGUAUUGAGAAGAACGUAUCGCUAUUCGAGGGUUUUGGGGACAGCAAUAAAGAGUCUAUUGCUGAACUUUUUGUAUCACUAAUGAGUAAACUAGUGUCAGUGGAGGGUUUAUGGGAGCAAGGGCUCUGUGCUAGCAAUUUUGAAGGGUCAUGGAUAUCGAAGACCUGGGCGAAGGGUGUUGGCAACUUGAAUGUUGAGGACUUCUUGGACCGAUCUCAGAAUUUUGCCAGAUCGGUAGGGAUGAAGGAGAUGCAGAAAAUCUGUGAAUGCCUAAGGGCUACUGUUUCUGAUUUGAGCAAGUUUUCUGAGGGUAAAAUUGCUGCGCCCAAGCUAAAGGCCCUGUUGUUUAAGCCUUUGAACCAGGCUAACCCAGUCACUAAUCCCCGUCAGAAAACUGUUAAGAGGAAGCGUGCUAAUCCAAAUAAGACAAGCACUAACCCUAUUCAGAAAAAUGCUAAGAAGAAGAAGGCCCUUGAGCAGGAUAAACUAGUCAUAUCUCCUGGUCAGAAAGAUGGUAAGAAGCCCCUUGAUCAGAAGUCAGUUAGUUCUCCCAUUCAGAAAGAUGCUAAGAAGACCACACCCCUUGACCAGGAUAAGCUAGUCAUUUCUCCUGGCCAGAAAGAUGACAAGAAGAAGCUCCUUGUGCAGGACAAGACAGUAAUUUCCCCCAUCCAGAAGAAUAACAAGAAGCCUCUUGAUCAAGAGAAGCCCCUUGGGCUGGAGAAGCUAAUCAUCCCUACCGGACAGAAAGAUAAGAAGAAGAGCAGCAAGGUGGGACCUGACUCAGGAAGCAGUCAUGUGCAACAAAAGAAAGUGAAGGCUACUGUAUCCACCGGCCGUGCUGCUAAUACUCAUGUUUCUAGUUCAAGGCCUCGUCCUUUUUUUAUUCCCCAAGCACAUCGGCUCACCCAGCCAAUUGUUGAUCAGUUUGCGCAUAUACCUCAGCACCUGAUCAGCCCUUCUGCUUUUGGUUAUGGGUUGCCACCACCACAUCUGCAUCCAGCCUAUCCUCAUCCUCAUCCUCAUCCUCAUCAAGGAUUGGUAGGUCAACCACAGGGUAAUUUCCUUCAUUUCAAUCCUGGUAUUCAGCUGCAGCAUCAAGGCCAGGCUUUCUUUGGCCCUCCAUCCGUCCACCAUCCCAUGGCGAAUGGGUUUCUUCACCCGUUUGGUAUCAAUGGUGCUCAGCAAGUGCAGCGCAUCGACAAUAGGUUGGUGCAGAGGCCGCCAUAUGGUUUUGGUCCGGGUUUCUGGUGA